AUGGCCACCCUCAACUGUACGCACUCCCUCUCCUCAUCCAUCUCCAAUACUGAUCAAUGACAGACCUCCCCCCUGUCAAGCCAUCCGCCAUCGCGCUGGGCACCGUCUUCAACCACAUCGCCUCCCUCGCCGUCCUCGGCCCCGUCUUUGGCGACACCUACCGCCGCGCUCAGGCCGCCAACAGCGCUGAGGAGUUCUUCAAGUCCAAGGAGGCCGCAUCCGCCGGUGCUGCUUGGGGCACCUCGCUCGUCGGUUCCGCCAUCCAGUCCUACGGUGUCGGCGCUCUCAUCAAUGCCACUGGUACUCUGAGCUACAAGGGCGCCGCUUACCUCGGAGCCAUCAUCUUCGCCGCCUCUUCUGCUCCGGCGGUAAGUCCAGAUCGUCCAUCUCGAUGGUUCAUACUAAUCGCAUGACCAGUUCAUCGCCCAGAUCUUCACCGAGAAGCGCCCACUCGACACCGUCGCCGUCGGUGCCCUUGCCCGCACCUUUGAGACCGUCGGCCUGUCCCUCUUCUUGACCUGGUGGGGUACUCGCACCAACCCAUUCGAGUCGGCCCGCUUCCAGUAA